GGGGUUCACGUUAAAUAACUGGCCUCGUAGGUUCCGUUUAAAGAGGAAGAAGAGAAAGCAUUGAGUUGAGGAAUGAAGUAGCAUAGCACAGCAAUAGCAUUAAUCAUCAUCUGUUCUGCGUUGCUAUGGAUAUCAUCUUCUCCGUUACUUUUCUAUUACAGGUGUUCCUACUCUCUUCUUCGCCUGCUGCCUCACAACGUGAAACCUAUAGGGCUAAGCAUUCUGAAGAAUACUGCGCAAUGUAUGAUAUUUGCGGUCAACGCAGUGAUGGCAAGGCUCUCAAUUGCCCAUAUGGUUCCCCUUCUGUCAAGCCUGAUGACCUACUGUCUGCCAAAAUUCAAAGUUUGUGCCCCACCAUAACUGGAAAUGUUUGUUGUACGGCGGAUCAGUUUGACACACUAAGAGUCCAGGUUCAACAGGCAGUACCAAUUCUAGUGGGCUGUCCAGCAUGCUUGAGGAAUUUUCUGAAUCUUUUUUGUGAACUUUCUUGCUCUCCUAAUCAGAGUUUAUUCAUCAACGUGACGUCUAUUUCUGAGGUUGAUGGUAAUACGACUGUGGAUGGCAUUGAUUAUCACUUAACUGAAACUUUUGGACAAGGUCUAUAUGAAUCAUGUAAGGAUGUAAAGUUUGGGACAAUGAAUACAAGGGCCAUAGAUUUUGUUGGGGCUGGAGCUAGCAAUUUUAAAGAGUGGGCUGAAUUUCUUGGUCAGAAAGUUCCUCCUGGUUUUCCUGGUUCUCCGUAUUCUAUACUUUUUAAGACAGCCAUUCUUGACUCUUCUCCUAUGAAACUUAUGAAUGCAUCUGUAUAUUCAUGUAAUGACACUUCGCUGGGCUGCUCUUGUGGUGAUUGUCCUUCAUCACCUGUUUGCUCGGGUUCAGAACCUUCUCCACCCAGAAAAGAUCCCUGCUCCAUUGGAAUUGGAUCUCUAAAGGUCAGAUGUGUAGAUUUUUCAAUAGCUAUCUUGUACAUUGUAUUGGUUUUUGUGUUGUUUGGGUGGGCAUUGCUGCAAAGGACAAGAGGAAGGAGGAGACUUGGAUCCAGUGCGGAACCCUUAUUGGAUGAUAUGGUUGGUGAAGGGAGUAGUUUUGCUAACCUCCCAAAGGAUGGAACUCAUCCUGCAGAGGUGCAAUGGAUAGAUCCUCAAGGGCAGAAUGUGGUGCAAUUUUCUUUUGUUCAAGGAUGCCUGUCCAGCUUUUACAGGACAUAUGGAAGGUGGGCCGCUAGAAAACCCACAAUUGUUCUUUGUUCCUCAUUGGCAAUUGUUGUUUUGCUUUGUUUGGGUCUGCUUCGUUUUGAGGUGGAGACCCGGCCUGAGAAGUUAUGGGUUGGUCCCGGGAGUAAGGCAGCUGAAGAGAAAGAGUUUUUUGAUAGCCACCUUGCUCCAUUCUACAGAAUAGAACAGCUCAUAAUAGCGACAAUCCCUGAAUCUAAGCAUGGCAAGCCACCAAGUAUCAUAACUGAAGAAAAUAUUGAAUUGCUUUUCGAAAUACAGGAAAAGGUUGAUGGAAUUCGUGCAAAUUAUUCUGGUUUUUUAGUAUCUCUGAGUGACAUUUGCUUGAAGCCUUUAGGCGAUGACUGUGCCACUCAAAGCAUUUUGCAGUAUUUUCAAAUGGACCCUGACAAUUAUGACAACUAUGGAGGUGUUGAACAUGCUGAGUAUUGUUUUCAGCAUUACACUUCCACUGAAACAUGCUUUAGUGCAUUUAAGGCUCCCCUUGAACCAACUACUGCCUUAGGAGGGUUUUCUGGAAACAAUUAUUCUGAGGCUUCUGCAUUUGUUAUCACGUACCCUGUCAAUAAUGCAAUUACAAAAGUUGGGGGUGAGAAUGGGAAGGCAAUAGCUUGGGAAAAAGCAUUCAUCCAGUUAGCUAAGGACGAAUUGCUGCCAAUGGUGCAAUCUAGCAAUCUUACCUUGUCAUUUUCAACUGAAAGUUCAAUUGAGGAAGAACUAAAGAGAGAAAGCACUGCAGAUGUCAUAACAAUACUCGUGAGCUAUAUUGUAAUGUUUGCUUAUAUAUCGGUGACCUUGGGAGAUACACCACCUCAUCCAUCUUUUUUCUUCCUCUCGUCCAAGGUAUUGCUUGGUCUUUUGGGGGUUUUGCUUGUUAUGCUUUCUGUCCUUGGAUCAGUUGGAUUUUUCAGUGCUAUUGGAGUAAAAUCGACACUAAUCAUAAUGGAGGUCAUACCUUUUCUGGUUUUAGCUGUUGGUGUUGAUAACAUGUGUAUAAUCGUAGAUGCUGUGAAACGGCAACCCUCAGGUUUACCAGUAGAGGAACAAAUAAGCAAUGCAAUGGGUGAAGUUGGACCUUCGAUAACACUAGCCAGCUUAUCAGAGAUUCUAGCAUUUGCUGUAGGAUCAUUUGUUUCUAUGCCAGCAUGCCGUGUUUUCUCCAUGAUUGCAGCUUUGGCGGUUCUACUGGACUUCCUUCUACAGAUUACUGCUUUUGUAGCUUUGGUUACAUUAGACUUUAUGAGGGCCAAGGAUAAUAGGAUUGACUGCUUUCCAUGUGUGAAGUUGAAUCCGCCCUCUGCGGAGCAGAAUGAAGGUAUUAGGCUAGAAAGAGAUGGAUUACUGACACGAUAUAUGAAGGAGGUUCAUGCACCAUUUCUUGGACUAUGGGGAGUUAAAAUCUUGGUCAUUGCCGUAUUUGCUGCAUUUACCUUAGCAAGCAUUGCAUUAUGCACAAGAAUUGAAGCUGGUCUUGAGCAGCAGAUUGCUCUUCCACGGGAUUCCUACCUUCAGGGUUAUUUCAGUAACAUAUCUGAGUACCUUAGAGUUGGACCACCCUUAUAUUUUGUUGUAAAGGAUUACAACUACAGUUUGGAAUCCAAACACACAAACCAGCUAUGCUCCAUUAGCCACUGUGAUUCAAAUUCUCUUUUAAAUGAGAUAUCUAGAGCAUCAUUAGUGCCAACAUCAAGCUACAUAGCCAAACCAGCUGCCUCAUGGCUUGAUGAUUUUCUUGUAUGGAUAUCACCUGAAGCUUUUAGUUGCUGUCGAAAAUUCACAAAUGACUCUUAUUGUCCACCUGAUGAUCAGCCACCUUGCUGUUUACCAGAUGAAGGGCCAUGUGGGUUGGGUGGAGUGUGCAAAGACUGUACAACAUGUUUCCGCCACUCGGAUUUGGUUAAUGAUCGUCCAUCUACAGCACAGUUCAGAGAGAAGCUUCCCUGGUUUCUUGAUGCACUGCCAUCAGCUGAUUGUGCAAAGGGUGGCCAUGGAGCUUACACCAACAGUGUAGAUCUGAAUGGUUAUGAGGGGGGUGUCAUCCAAGCUUCUGAGUUCCGUACUUAUCACACACCACUUAAUAGACAAGGUGACUAUGUUAAUGCAAUACGAGCUGCAAGGGACUUUUCGGCAAUAAUUUCUUCGUCUUUAAAGAUGGAUAUUUUUCCGUACUCAGUGUUUUAUAUCUUCUUUGAACAAUACCUGGAUAUAUGGAAGUUAGCCCUGAUCAACAUUACCGUAGCACUAGGUGCUAUUUUUGUUGUCUGUCUGAUCAUCACAUCCAGCGUGUGGAGUUCAGCAAUCUUAUUACUUGUUCUGAUCAUGAUAAUUUUGGACCUCAUGGGUGUAAUGGCAAUUUUGGGUAUUCAACUCAAUGCGGUGUCUGUUGUAAACCUUAUUAUGUCAAUAGGAAUUGCUGUGGAGUUCUGUGUGCAUAUAGUACAUGCAUUCAUGGUAAGCUUGGGGGAUAGGAGCCAACGAGCAAAGACAGCAUUGUGUACCAUGGGGGCUUCUGUAUUCAGUGGAAUCACACUUACAAAAUUAGUCGGAGUCCUCGUCCUUUGCUUCUCAACAUCAGAAAUUUUUGUGGUGUAUUACUUCCAGAUGUAUCUGGCCUUGGUUAUCAUUGGCUUCUUACACGGUCUUGUGUUUCUACCUGUGGUAUUGAGCUUGUUUGGUCCUCCGUUAAGAUAUAGUCAUUAAGGAGCAGCUAGAAGACAUGCCUUCUGCUUCAUCAGAACAGCCUCUAAUUAGAUGAAAGUUAGAUUUUAAUUACGCUGAUCACAUACUUAAUGAACAAGAAAAAAUGUUUUGAUUAUAGAGGAUUAAUAGUAUCUUUUGACUUUUAGAUUGAGAAAGUUCAUUGCUUAUAUAUCUGAACAUGGUCACGGAGAAACUCUGCCAGUUUUUAGUCAUUUCUGAUGUUUGGAAGGUUUGAUCAUCAGAGUUACUGUGUAUAUAAUGCCGAGAACAUUUCCUGAUAUUUGAAGCAAAUAUACCUUUAUAAUUAUUAAUAUACUUCUGUUUUUUUUU